AUGCGAGACGCCAUCACACAACGAAUCCAACUGCGCGUCUGCGUCGCUCUCGGCGCACUUCAUCACGUGCGCUGCCUCCUCGACCCCGACGCCGAAGACGUCUGCAUCAGGUUCCCGAUCGUGACAUUCGAAGGAGAAAAGAGACACUCGGCAGAGCUCAAGAAGCUGAAUUUCGGCCGUGUGCCCUCAAACAUCCCAAACUGGCUGGAGGGCGCCCACAAGAUCAGGGUAGACAUCAAGUGCUAUGAAGAUGAGGACGUGGACCUUGCGGUACAGAUCGCACACAGACUGAGGUGGCAAUUUUUGAAUGUGCGUCGAUUCAUAGUCGACGUCGGCGAGCCAUACGGUCAAGCUUUCCUGGACAGUUGCCAUGCCAUGAGCGCUCGAUGGCUCCCAGCGGCGACGAACGUGUCGAAGAGCGUUUCACGCACUUACAAGGACAACUGGAAGAUCAACGAAAGGACUCCGCCGGCUUCGCUCCCGUGGACAUCUCGAUACGACUACACUCAAGAGGUGCUGACUUGUUUGCGCUCAUGGCAUAGACUGUUUCUCGAUCCGCUCUUCGAGGCUAGGAAGCCUUUCAUUCCUGAAAUCCGACAACGCACCGCACAACUUGUGAAGGCAUGCUGUGAGGACACGACCUUUGAAGAAUAUGCGGCAGCGCAUGUAGCCGCUUGCCGAAUUCGGAAAUGCCUUCGAAGUAGCUAUGGGACGAAGAUACCACAGAUUCUAGAUGAGGAGACGUUCUGGCGGAUGUGCGAGCUUCGGCUGCUGCCUGAGGCUACACUUGGACACAUUCGGGCUGUCAUCGGGAUUGGACCCUAUAGAUCACUCGAUGGAGCGGUCAGAGAAGCGCUUCGUGCUUUGAUUGAAGCGCAUGGGCUUGUGGCUGUAAGAUUGGCAUACCAAGUCCGUAAUCGCUUCAGAAGUUCUCUGGAUCCUCGGAAUACUGGCAUUAAUGCACGACUGGUUGCCAUGGAGAGAAGGGUUACUGGUAUUGAGCCUGGAAGUUAUGUGGGGCCUGAUAUACUUAACCAUCGUCCCGAGGAGCAGGAUCCCCGAGAUGCGAGUCGGGCCACGAAGAUUGUUCAGGUGCCAAGUGAAACUGGUGCGACGGUUCGAUGUCCCACGCCGAGGGAGAUGCGUGCUCUUUGGUCUGAUGGCGCUGCUCAGUCGGGAUUUCUGAGUCCUCAGUGUAAUCAUGGACCGCCCACUACCGGAUCGCCGCUAUCGAAGCUGAGGACUCGUUUGCGAAAGUUCUUCAAGGGCUUGUCACCGAAGCGAGUGCUGCAGCGGAGCGUCAAAGGGAAGCAGAUGGCUAGAGGCGUCUCUGUCUGA